CAUCCCUGUGGUCUACAUCUUCCAGCUUGAUGCCCUGAGACAGCAAUUGGUGUUCAGACAGCAGCUGUCUUUCCAGCACCGAGUGUGGGACGUUGCUUUUGAGGAGACACAGGGGCUGUGGGUUCUGCAGGACUGCCAGGAAGCCCCCCUUGUGUUGUACAGGCCCGAGGGCAGCCAGUGGCAGUCUGUUCCUGAGAGUGCUGUGUUAGAGGACAUCUCCAACUGCCUUCGUGGGAACUGGGCCAUGAUGGAAG